AGAAGAAAAGAAAGCAGCCAGGCUCCGGAUCAGCAGCUCCACUGAUGAUCACCCGGGAGUAAAAGCAGACAUGCAUUCUGUAGGCAGGUCGUGGCUGCUGCUUACAGGCUUCAUACUCUUUUAUGUCAUCUACCUGCUGUUCGGGGCCCUGGUUUUCUCCAGCAUCGAGCGGCCGGUGGAGGACAAGCUGCGACAAGACAUGAUAGUCCUGAAGCAGGAGUUCCUGAACCUGAGCUGCGUCAACGCCGCGUCCCUCGAACUCUUUCUGGUCAAAGUGCUGACGGCCAACAAGUACGGCGUCUCCGUCCUCAGAAACUCCUCCGUGCCUUCAAACUGGGACCUGGCAUCCUCCAUGUUCUUCGCCAACACUCUGGUCACCACAGUCGGUUAUGGUCACACCACUCCUCUGUCGGACACUGGAAAAGCCUUCUCCAUCAUCUACGCCCUGAUAGGAGUCCCCUUCACCAUGCUGGUGCUCACCGCCUGCGUCCAGAGGCUCAUGUACCCCCUGGUCCUCGCUCCGGUAGGCCUCCUGCAGCGCUCAGGCAUUGGGCCUCGGCCGGCCACCAUCGUCCACUUCGUGUUGCUGCUGGUUCUGAUGGUGUUGUGCUUCUUCGUGGCACCGGCGGCCGUGUUCAGCACAGUAGAGAUGUCCUGGUCGUUCCUGGAUGGGAUCUACUUCUGUUUCAUCUCGCUGUGCACCAUCGGACUGGGGGAUUUUGUUCCGGGGACAAAUCCUGGGCAGAAGUACAGGCCGCUGUACCAGGUCACUGUCAUGGUCUACCUGUUCGUGGGUCUAAUGAUGAUGUACCUCCUGCUGCGCACCUUCCACAAAAUGGCCGACCUGCACGGCCUGACCACCUUCCUGCAGCUGCCGCGCUGUGAGGAGUCCGACCUGAAUGAAGACACGGAGCCCAUUGUGGAAAAUGAACGUCAAAGUCAGAAAGAAAAAGCUGCCAGAAAACCCCUGGAGCCGGGAUCUCAGCCCUCGUACAACACCAUCAACAAAGGCUGAGCUGUGGGGAGGCAGAGGGAAGGAAAAGGAGCUCUACCUCUGGCGAUAAAACACCCCGACUGCUGGGCUGAAUCUGAAUUCUUGUCUUCAUUUUUUUUUUUUUAUUUUGUCUUCUCCAGUGUUCUCAUUAACAACAUCCAGAGGAGUAAGCAUAAUAAUAAUGAGGAAUCAAGAUAAGUUUUAAGAUUCAGCCUUUGUGAGAGGGCACUAUGCAGUUUGAGUGGUUACUGCCACUUUCUGCACAUAUGAAAAGACUGUUCUAACGUGACUACAGCAACCCGGCUGGGCUAAAAGGCACAGACGUACCUUUCUCCUCCUGGACACUGGUGCAAGUGUGGUGUGUUCACCGUACAGGCUCGGCUGGUGUUUUUACGGCCUCAGGAUGGCACACGAAGGGUUCAGACUUGUGAUGGUUGUUUUCCGGUUAUGUUUAUCUUUGCAUGUAUUUUUGUCACGUUGCUUUUUUUGUGCCACAGGUUUGGGUUGAUAAAUCAGGACUAACAAAUACUGUGUAUAAUUGUGCUGAAACUAAAUCUUCUUGGUGCAGAACACAACCUGUCACUUGCCUUUUCAACUUCACCAAAAAUCUUUUUACACGUUUAACUGCUUUUGUUGUUAUUCAGGUGUAUUGUUCAGCUUUAUAUUUCACACAUGCACAUCAUGGCCAAAACACCUCCAGAUUAUUGACCAAACCAAAGUUGUAUUUAUAGCCAGGAGUGGCCUUUACUUACGUUAUCCCCACCUAAAUGCAUCUUUACAAGCAUGAAUGUUCACGAGUGCAGUGAAUCUGGUACAACUUUAGAUCACUUCCUCAAAUAAAGGUCAGAUGUGGACCUGCGCGGAGCAUUUAAAACACCGGGGACCUGAACUGAAACCUGUUUCAUAUUUAAUUCGAUUUCCUGUGUGAGUGGUAACCUUUGUGUGUCUGGGUCAGCCUUGAAGAGAACAGAGGAGCGCUGUGUUUGCCUCAGGACUGUCCUCCUUUAUGGUGCUUCCCCCUGGUGUCUAUAUGUAUGUAGUGCAUGUUAUCUCACCUCCAGAACAGUAAUGAAUUAGGGUCAAAGGGUUGGAAUAGAGGGACUGAGGAAAAUUACAAUUUCAAUUAAAGUAAACAGUGUUUCAUUGUAGUGAUUGAGACAUGAUUUAUUUCAAUGGAAAACCAAAUGUUACUUAUCAAACAACUUGUUCUGUGUGAUUUGAAAUGUACUUUAAUGUUAUCAGUUAUUUUUCUUUUACCACCAAAGUUGAAGUCAGGCUAAUUGUAUCCAGAUACUGUAAAAUGAUUUAUAUGUGUGUAUGUUAACAUAUUGACAUUGGAUAACCAUACAUUUAAAAAAAAAAAAAAGGUUUGCUUUGUAUUAUGUUUGUCAUGUUUAACCUUGUUAUCCUCAUCUGAGACAUUUUGUACAGUAAACUCUGCCCUAAAUGGAAUUUGCACAUCUUGGGAGGUUUUGAAGUUUUAUUAAGCAUUGUAAAAUGUUCAAAACGUAACUGAGUUUUACAGACAUUACGAAUUUGAAGCUGAGAGCAGACUCACUGGGUCUAUUUCCAGUAAAGAAAUGGUGUGUUACGAGGUGGAUAUCUACCUAACAAGUGUCGGAGAGCAUGAAAACAUGUCUUUCAGAUUGAUACAAAAAAAGAUGAGUUUCCUUAAAGUGAGAGGUGACUGAGUGAAGCUGCCUACAAGGACCCACAUGUCUGUCAAAGGUCCAGUAUUUGUCUAGUAUAGUCCCCUGUAUUAGAGGUUUUUGGUUAUUUUGUUCAGAUAAGUCAGAUAUCCUGAAUGAUCUGCUCAACUCCAUAUUUCUAUUAUUCUUUGUAGGUUUCUGAAGCUGAAGUGUGAUCAUAAUACCCAACUUAUUUAAAGUGUCUUUUACAAGGGAGCAGUUCGCCCUGGAGGUGGAGGAAGUGAAACAUGUCUGGUAAAUGCUUUCACUUUCAUGAUUCUCUAAAUACACCUCUGCAGCUUUGCUCCAGGAAAUACAAAAAUACAGCAUCAGAGGAGGUUUGAAGCCACAAAAACAGUAGAAUUCCAUUUUCCCCAAUCGUCUGUUCCCAAAACUGAAAUACCUGCAGUAAAAUGUAUGUGAUGCUUUUUGAAUGUAAAUUAAAUCGUGUUUCACAAAGAAAA